AUGCCCCUCACCAGCACCGUGCUCUGGACCUGCUGCUGGACCUGUCCAGGCUUCCACAACCUCCCCGCGGACCAGCUCUGCUACGAGAAGGUGACCGGAUCCCGUGUGAGAUCUCCCUACUCGCCCGGACCCCGGCUCCUGUACACGGUCUUCGGCUUGGGCGCUGGGCUGGCCGUGUUGGGAAACCUCCUGGUGAUGAUUUCCAUCCUCCACUUCAAGCAGCCGCACUCUCCAGCCAACUUUCCCGCCUCUCCGGCCGGCGCUGACUUCCUGGUGGGGGUGACCGCGAUGCCCUCCAGCGUGGUCAGGUCGGUGGAGAGCUGCUGGCGAAGCUUCUGUACUCUCCACAGCUGCUGUGAUGCGGCAUUUUGUUACUCUUCUCUCUUCCACUUGUGCUUCAUCUCCAUCGACAGGUACAUCGCUGUCACCGACCCUCUGGUCUAUCCCACCAGGUUCACGGGGUCUGUGUCGGGGAUCUGCAUCAGCCUCUCCUGGAUCCUGCCCCUUGUCUACAGCGGCGCUGUGUUCUACACGGGUGCCUAUGAUGACGGGCUGGAGGAAUUAUCCAGUGCCGUCCACUGUGUAGGAGGCUGUCAGACGGUUGUAAAUCAAAACUGGGUGUUGAUAGAUUUUCUGUCCUUCUUUAUUCCUACCCUUGUUAUGCUAAUUCUCUAUAGUAAUACUUUUCUUGUGGCUAGACAACAGGCUAAAAGGAUUGAAAAUACUGGUGACAAAACAGAAUCAUCCUCAGAGAGUUACAAAUCCAGAGUGGCCAAGAGAAAGAGAAAAGCAGCUAAAACCCUGGGUAUCACGGUGGUGGCAUUUAUGAUUUCCUGGUUACCAUACAGUAUUGACGCACUAAUUGAUGCCUUCAUGGGCUUCAUAACCCCGGCCUAUAUUUAUGAGAUUUGCUGUUGGGGGGCUUAUUAUAACUCAGCCGUGAACCCUCUGAUUUAUGCCUUAUUUUACCCGUGGUUUAGGAAAGCCAUAAAAGUGGUUGUGAGUGGUCGGGUUUUCCAGGACAGUUCUGCAGACAUGAAUCUGUUCCCUGAACAGAGGUGA